CAGAGGGACCGCCGCCUGGGCUCAGCAGGAGAUGUUGUGGUGUGCGCCUGCGCAGUGGAUUUGUCUCCAUAGUAACCAACGCCGAGCCCGGUUGUGUACACAGAGCGCAUGGAGCAGUCCGCGCACCGGGAGGCUGGGGAGACCGUAGGAGGGCAAUGAUGAACCAGAUAUCUUAGCAACAUACACAAUAUCCAUGUCUUUUGUUUCUACCAAGUAAUUAUGGUGCGGCUGACAAUUGAUCUCAUCGCCCGGACCAACAAUCACCUACGCAACAGGAAAGAUGAGACCCUCACCCAGUACUUGAAGAGACUGACACAUCUCAACUUCUCUAGUAAACAUAUUGAUUGCCUUGAUGAUCUAUCUGCUUGCAAAAAUCUCACAGUCUUAUACCUUUAUGACAAUAACAUUAGGGAAAUAAGAAGUCUUGGAUUCCUAACAAGCCUAACUCACCUGUACCUCCAGAAUAACUGCAUAUCCUGUAUAGAUAGUCUGAGCGGGCUCAAGCGACUUGAGAAGCUGUAUUUAGGAGGGAAUUAUCUGACUGUCAUUGAGGGACUGGAAGGUCUUGAGGAAUUGAGGGAACUGCAUAUUGAGGGCCAGAAGAUUCCUUCUGGAGAGAAGUUACUGUUUGAUCCCAGAACCCUUCAUUCCUUGUCUAAGUCUCUAUCUGUACUCAAUAUUAGCAAUAAUAAUAUUGAUGAAUUGAAGGAACUUGCAGUUCUGGAGAACAUAUCCCAACUUGUGGCUGUGGACAACCAUCUUAAUAAUAUUGAGGAUCUGGAAUUUGUUCUGGCUAAAUGGGCGCAGCUAUGGAGGAUGGAUCUCACUGGAAAUCCAAUUUGUCUGAAGCCAAAAUACAGAGAUAAAGUUAUAGUAAUCUCAAAGGCACUGGAAAUCCUGGAUGGUAGAGAAAUCAAGGAAAUGGCCAGACAGUUCUUACUAAACUGGAAAGCCUCAAAAGAUGCCAGGAAGAAAAGCAGAGAAGAGAGUAUGGCCGGUCGAUUAGCAUUUCAGCAAUUGUAUGGUUUUGAACAUCCUCGGUCCAUUCUGCCGGCCCAGUAUCAGAACCAGAGAUAUAUCCAGAAAGACAAGCCUCAAUACUUCCUUAUGCCCCAGAUACAAAGUGAUUACAAACCAAGCCACCUACAAAAAAACCUGGCAAAGAAAACCAUUAAUAUUAGUGAAGAGAUACGACAAUUAGCUGUAAAGGAUCCUACAAGUUCACUGCCUGGACAAGACGUUCUGGAGCCACACCUAUGGAGCCAAGUAGUGCUGUAAGCACAGAAAGAAGAGAGUAGUGCAUUCCGUGUAAUGCUACAUUAAUCAUCUCUACCUAAAUGUCCAGUAAAACAGUCAGCCGGCUCUCCCACUGAAAUCUCUGCAAACAGUCUAAGGAGCUGGUCUACUGACUGUAUUAACUUCUUAAAGGGGUACUCCGCCCCUAGACAUCUUGUCCCCUAUACAAAGGAUAGGGGAUAAGAUGUCUGAUUGCGGGGGUCCCGCCGCUGAGGACCCCCACGAUCCCGGCUGUGGCACCCCAGACAUCCGGUGCACAAACCGAAAUUCGCUCCGUGCCGGAGGAUUGGCAAUGUUGGGCGGAGGCUCGUGACGUCACGUUCACGCCCCACUCGUGAUGCCACGACCACGCCCCCUCAAUGCAAGUCUAUGGGAGGGGGCGUGACGCCCCCUCCCAUAGACUUGCGUUGAGAGGGCAUGACUGUGACGUCAGAAGUGGGGCGUGGCCGUGAUGUCACAAGCCUCCUGAGUUGCACCCCAUGCUCUAAACGAACAGCAGGGUCCCCGACGGCAGGACUCCCGUGAUCAGACAUCUUAUCCCCAAUCCUUUGGAUAGGGGAUAAGAUGUCUAGGGGCGGAGCACCCCUUUAAGACUGGUGCGCUACAGUCUUUACAAUUCAAUGAAAAAUGGCAGCUUUUAUUUACUGUUUGGGAAACAUUGAAGUAAUUGGCAGUUCUGUGCCCCCUUGAUGCUCUGACCUAAAAAAAAAAAAAAUUUUUUU